AUGUCUGGUUAUACGUCUAAGUAUGUAUAUCAUUCCCUUUUCCUUUUUUCCUUUCUCACUAGCUUCAAAGCUUCUGCUCAAGAUCCCAGUUACGUACACCACAUCUGUCCAAAUACGACAACUUUCUCCAGAAACAGCACUUUCUCCACCAAUCUCAGAACCCUUUUGUAUUCUCUCUCUUCCCACAACGCCUGUUACUCCACCGGAUUCCAAAACGCCACUGCCGGGCAAGCCCCAGACAGGGUCACCGGACUUUUCCUUUGCCGUGGAGACGUGUCGCCUGAAGUUUGCCGUAGCUGUGUCACCUUUGCCGUCAACGACACGUUAACUUGGUGUCCAAAUCAGAGAGAGGUCACACUCUAUUACGAUCAAUGUAGCCUUAGAUUUUCUAACCGGAAUAUUCUCUCGACCUUAAGCACCGAUGGAGAAUUGGUCUUAUGGAACCCCCAAAACGUUACGUCUAACCAAGAAGACCAGUUCAGAGACUUGGUCUUGUCGACGAUGAACCAAGCCGCCACUGAAGCCGCGAGAAGUUCUAGAAAGUUCUCUACGGUAAAGGCCAAUUGGACUGCACUCCGGAGUUUUUACGGAUUGGUUCAGUGCACUCCUGAUCUGACGAGACAAGACUGUUUGAGUUGUCUGCGACAUAUCAUCAAUCGGUUACACACUGACAAAAUUGGGGGAAGGUCUCUUGUGCAGAGCUGUAGUACAAGAUACGAGCUUUACGCGUUUUACAAUGAAUCCGCCGUUGGGACACGUCGACCGCAGCUGAAUCCAGCUCCUCCUCCACGACAGCUGAACUCAGCUCCUCCUCCACCGCCGAUUUCAAUUCCUUCACCACGGCCUGGUCUGGACAUUCGCUUUUUCUUUGAUUAUACAUGUUUUGAGAUAUGUAGUAUUCAGUAUAACAGUACGGACCAAACUAUCUCUGUGAAUACAGGAAAAAGCAGAAACUCCACUGUCAUAAUCAUCUCUGUUGUUGUUCCAGUCACUACGAUUUUUCUUUUUUUUUUUAGGCUAAAUGCUGCUGUGUUUGAAGUUGUGUAUACAGACAAGGAUGAUAUUACAACUGCAGGCUCACUUCAGUUUGAAUUUAAGGCCAUUGAGGCAGCAACUGAUAAGUUUUCGAUAUGUAACAAACUCGGUCAAGGUGGUUUCGGUGCAGUUUACAAGGGUACAUUUCCAAAUGGAGUACAAGUUGCGGUGAAGAGGCUAUCAAAGACAUCAGGACAAGGUGAAAGAGAGUUUGAAAACGAACUUGUUGUUGUGGCAAAGCUUCAGCAUAGAAAUUUGGUAAGGCUACUUGGUUUUUGCUUGGAAGGAGAAGAGAAAAUACUUGUCUACGAGUUUGUGCCCAAUAAAAGCCUCGAUUACUUCCUUUUUGACUCUAGAAUGCAGAACCAGCUAGACUGGACAAGACGGUACAAGAUCAUUGGAGGAAUUGCUAGAGGGAUUCUAUAUCUUCAUCAAGAUUCACGACUCACAAUUAUACAUCGUGACCUCAAAGCGGGUAACAUCCUCUUGGACGCUGAUAUGAACCCUAAAGUUGCAGAUUUUGGAAUGGCUAGGAUCUUUGGUGUGGACCAAACGGAAGCAAAGACAAGAAGAGUCGUUGGAACCUAUGGUUACAUGUCUCCUGAGUAUGCAAUGUACGGCCAGUUCUCCAUGAAAUCAGAUGUCUAUAGUUUUGGGGUCUUAGUUCUUGAGAUUAUAAGCGGCUUGAAGAACAGUAGUCUCUAUGAAAUGGAUGGUAGUGACGGUAACUUGGUUACAUAUACUUGGAGACUAUGGAUCAAUGGGUCGCCGUUAGAGCUCGUGGAUCCGUCCUUUCAAGAUAACUAUCAAACAAACGAAAUUACAAGGUGCAUCCAUAUCGCUUUACUAUGUGUUCAAGAAGAUGCUGAAGAUCGUCCAACUAUGUCAGCAAUUGUCCAGAUGCUCACUACUAGCUCGAUCGCUCUUGCUGCACCUCGACCACCUGGGUUGCUCUUCCGACGUAGACAUGAACUAGUAGGGAGAGCAGGUCCAUCUAAGCAUACGUCUGCUCUCUGUUCCAUCGACGAUGCUUCCAUUACUAGUUUAGCUCCUCGUUAAAGACAAAAACAAUUCGUCAAUGUAAAAGUUAUAAAAUAUGAUUCUAGACUAUUACGCAUGGACAAUGAACAUAGA